AUGACAUGACAAUAGCCAGCAGUCUAAGAAACGUCAAAAUAGCUGAAGAUUGUAUACUGGAUAUUUUCAUGCUGUUUUUCUGAAAAGAAGAAAGAAAGCUUUAAUUCUUUAAUUAGCUGAAGAAUUCAGAUCGAAACGUGUUUGAUAAUUAAUCUAUCAUAAAACAAGUCACAAACACAAUGACGUUCAUACCAAAUUGGGAAGAGUUUGAAAAGUCUGCGGAGAUGUUAUAUUUAAGAGAUCCUUUAAACACUCGUUAUACUAUUAAGUAUUCCCAUACGAAAGGUGUAUUCGUAGUUAAAAUUACAGACAAUAAAAAGUGUCUUCAAUAUAAAACUGAGGUUCAACAGGAUGUUAGAAAAAUUGAUAAGUUCAUAUCAAAUCUUAUAAGGCAUAUGGCAUCAAAUGAUAACUAAUAUGGUAAUAUUGUAAAAUAAGUUAAUAAAUAUAUUCUUUGUAAGGA